UUAAUUUUAGUUUACGAGACGGAGUCUGUCCGAAGGGAGUCUCGUCGGUUUCGAAAAUUUCUCGAGAAAUAACUGGAGAAUACGGUUUCAUUUAUUAAACUAACUUAAUUUCGCUGUCCGCGCGCGCUUUGACCUUGUUUCCUUCGUUUCUCCCGAUUCUGAUCGUGAUCUACCCGGAAACUUCCGGUUUCGCGAUCGAAGGCUAAAAGUUAAUCAUCGCGAGCGACGGUGGAGAUAAAAGAGAGAUUCAAUAAUCCCAAGACGAGAAGGAAAACACUGAAAAAAGUGGUGCGAAAUUAUUUUCUCGCAUAUUUUCAUCCAACUUUAACAUUGACACGCGGUAGAUGUUGAAGAAUAUGAUCGAUGUGAUACCGUAUUGGGUUUUAGUAAUUCAUUCGACUUUGAUUCGGGGGUCGAUAUCAUCGGAAUUGGAAAUUUAAUGAACUGAUCGACGAUAUCUGUGUGGUAAAUACGGUAAAAACAGAUCGUAUAUUGACCGUAAGUUUUUCGCCUCCGUUAUGGAAGAUUCUUGGGGUGGUGGGCUCAUGGGAGGAGGAGAACGUCAAGAUUUGGAUCCGAUCACCGAGGAGGAAGACAGAAGCUAUCUGAAAGAUUCACAAUCCGAUUCAUCGGACACAACAUCGACAAUGAAACGGAACGCGUCCAAGGAGACGACGUCGGACGUUUACGACUCUUCGGCGACAACUUCCACGUCGGAACCCGGCGACGAAUAUCCCGAAGUUUAUUCACGUAACGUUGCAAUCGAACUGCCUGGACCACCGUUAGAUUUACGCAACGAUUGCAGGUCACAGAGUUGCCUUUGCCAGAACUGCCUGAUGGGAUACACGAGAGCGAUUGCUUUUCAAGGAAACAUGAGCAAUUCCUGUGCCGUCAACGCGGCGCAUCUAUCAUCUCUACCGCCUUUCUACGCUACAUCUUGCCCAAGCGCCGGAAACGAAUUCGUUUACCGAUCAUCGAAAGAACCGUCACCGAUGCGGUACAUCGCUCCUCCGGUCCCUCGUUGCUGUCUUCCUCCCAGUCCGGGUCCAUCAAUGGCCAAAGAUUCAUCUGGGAUUCGUUCCGACGGUAAAUCCUCGAGCAUGACCUCAUUGCCGGUAAAUUCGAGCCGGUGCGCCGGGUCCUUGGACCGAAGAAGACGUCGGCUCAGGAACAGAAACGAAAGAGAUCAAAGAGCCAGGUCGCAUAACGAUCUGAUAUGCUGCGAUAGGGAGAGACUUUAUUGUUCUCAUCAACAAUUUCAAUACGCGAGCAAUCCGUAUAUGAACGGCUAUAACAAUAACACUGAGGAGCGUUUGAGAAAACUGGAGAACGAACGCGGCGCGUUACACAUGGAGGUAUCUGUGCUCUCUGAACAGGUCGAUGCUCAGUCAAACAAAAUACACGAACUGGAAAGCAUAUUGCAGGAGAAAAAAGAAUCUCUGAGACAGAUGGAAGAGGCUCUUCAACGGGAAGUUAUCUCGAGGAGCACGUUAGAAACUCAGAAACUGGAGCUGCUAAGUUCUAUGUCCGAAUUGAAGCUAAAACAGGCCAGUCUAGAACAUGAGAAUCGAAGUUUACGCAGUAAUCCCAUGUCAAACGGUGAGAGAUUCAGUCGCCAUGCAGGACAGUACAGCAGCUUACCUCGGCCGCCAACGUCAUCAAAGAAGGGAGUCGCAUUUGGUAAGGUCGUCGCAAAUUCAAACUAUGGCGCACAGUCUGUCCCCUUGACUGUUAAGGGAAUCUCUGCUAGAUGUCUGUCAGCCCCGAUUCUAGCUGAGGAGGAGAAGACAGUAAUCGGCGAGGCUGCACCGCAACCUGAAUAUAUUCCACCAAAACCAUUAGCCGAUCUUACGAUGGAGGAAGUUGGGGAUUGGCUAUCGCGCCUAGGCCUCGAAUGUUAUGCAGCUGAAUUGCGACGCUGGGGUGCUACAGGAGCAAAGCUAUUGGAAAUGCAACAGAAUCAAAUUGAGAAAGAGCUUGACAUAAAGAACACGCUGCAUCGAAAAAAAUUGUUGUAUGCUAUCGAAUCUGAACGACCGAAUUCCGUUGGAUUUUUCGGAGCUGAACAGAUGGACAGUGCAGCAGUUCUUCGAUGGUUAGACGAUAUUGGAUUACCGCAAUACAAAGAAGCUUUUCAAAACGCUAAAAUAGAUGGUAGAGUUUUGCAUCGAUUAACCACAGAAGACUUGCUAAAUUUAGGAGUAAACGCCCAGUUAUGUGCUGCUAGCUUACGCCGAGGAAUUCAGGUCCUUAGGGAGCUGAAUUUCAAUUUUGACAGCUUGGAGAGAAGGUCUAUUAACGGAAAUGGGGCUGACGGUAGGAACGUCACGUUAUGGACGAAUCACCGUGUCAUGGAAUGGCUAAGAGUCGUAGACCUUGCCGAAUAUGCGCCGAACAUGCGCGGCUCCGGCGUUCACGGCGGAUUGAUGGUUCACGAGGGUCGUUUUACCUCUGAAUUACUAGCUACUUUGCUCAGCAUUCCUCCAGGAAAGACGCUACUCCGCCGGCAUCUGACAACUCACUUCAACCAACUUUUAGGAAGAGAGGUCGUCCAGCACAAACGGGAGAUUGAGAGUACCUUAGGAUUCGUGCCCCUCACUCUGACUGCCAGAUUAAAAGUACCAAAGAAAUCCCAGUUCACGUUGAAGCGAAAGAAAAGUAAAAAUGAAGUGGAUUAUGGGAACCUAGUUUGUCCUCUGGAACCUUCACCACCAGGUACACCGUGUUCGCCUUCUUCAAGCCCUGGCAGUCCUAAUCUGAGCUCACCCAUUCUCUAACCAAUCACAGAUUUACUCGAGCAAGAAACUAAAAAAAAAUCAAAGAACACUCGUAGAGAAAUUACGGAACACAAACGAGUAAUUGGUUGCAUAUAGACAUUGAGAGAGGGAAUGAGUCUGUCUGUAUGUUAAUCAUUUGAAAUACUGCCAAAUAAAAUUGUAAAUUAAACAAAUAUUUUUACUGUAGCAGAUUAUUAACAUGUUACCAAUAAUCAAGCAACAACUAGCUAUUUUACUGACUGCUUUCUAAUGAAAUCAAUUGAUAAUGAAAUUUUACUUUCAAGUGUACUUGUUCUUGUACUGUAUGCAUACAUUAAAUUCCAUAAAAUGAGUAUUCUUAGCCGUACACACAUGCUUUUUUUUAUGAAUUUUCAUCUGGAACUUUUGAGCUAUUAAUCAGAUUGUAAAUUUCACAAUGAAUCAGUGAGUGUGACAAUCGAAAAUGAU